AUGAUUUGUGACGUGACAGACAGACGGGUGGACGGCUGCUAUGGCUGGAUUGUCGUGAUGUCGGGGUUUUGUCUAAUCGUAUUAACGGAUGGUAUAUUGUUUACUUUUGGCAACUUGCUGAUUGAGCUCACAGAGUACUUUGAUGCUGAUCGUGCCAGGAUAGCUCUCGUUGGAGCAUUAAUGCUUGGCUUUUCUUGCCUCACUGGACCAAUAAGUGGAGGUCUUUGUGACAGGUUUGGUUGUCGGAUGGUUGCAGUGACUGGUGCUGUGUUAUCGUCCGUCAGUUUGUUGAUUAGUUCGUUCGCCACAAACGUUACAUAUCUGUACCUUACCUACGGUGUUCUUGGUGUGCAUGAUACAGCACUUGCUUUGUCCCUGAGUCGACCUUUGUUCUGGGACUCAUUUGAGAGACAUCUAAUUUUGUUAGUGAAUGAGCGUGGAAUCGAACCUGCGACUGCGACCCUGGUUGAAAAGUCAAGAGCGUUACCAGUGAACUACGGAUUCUUAUGUCAUGGUCAUGUUCACUAA